AUGGUGCCCGGGAUUACUGCAGACGACAGAAAGACGGCGAUUAUUCCAUCGAACAGCGUCGAGCCGCCCACUUUGUACCAAGGGUUGAAUCAAGCAGAACUUCAACAAAAGACCGAAAAAUACCUCCUCAACUAUGGCACCAAGUUUAACAAAGAUGUCAUCUGUGGCAGCAGAGGUCUUUACGUCUACACAGCCUCGGGGCAUAAAGUUCUGGACUGGACCUCGGGGCAAAUGUCCUGCCUCCUAGGUCACGGCCAUCCAGAAAUCGUGAAAGUGAUUGCAGAUCAUGCAGCAUCCCUGGACCACCUUUUUUCCGGAAUGGUAUCGCCUCCCGUCAUCAGCCUGGGCGAGCGACUCUCCAAUCUCCUCCCACCAGGACUGGAUAAAGGCUUCUUUCUCUCCACAGGUGGUGAGAGCAACGAAGCGGCAAUCAAAAUGGCCAAGAUGUACACCGGAAAGUUCGAGGUCGUCGGUCUCGGCGCCAGCUGGCACGGCAUGACUGCGCAGGCCCUAGGCACGCAGUAUCAUUUCGGUCGCAAAGGCUAA